AUGUCCCCCCAAGUAACGCUCCACACCGCCCGCCUAACCCUGCGCUUCGCCGACCUCCACUCCCCCACCGACGCCCACGAACUCGUCAAACUGCACACCUCCGAAGCAGCAGCGAAAUCCGGCGUCCCCCGACAAAUCGACAGCCCCGAAGCCCUGCGGCGCCAACUCCCGCGUCUAGGCCCGAAAGCAGAGCUGUGCACGCGCGCGCCCCCGCCCGAGGGGAUGUACUUUCUCAUCGUCUUGCCCCCUCCUCCUUCUUCUGAGGAUGGCAAGGCUGAAGACGAAAGCAAAGGCACAGUAAUAGGCAUGAACGCCCUCGUCUUCCGCCCCGAAAUGCCAUAUCCGGACAUGGCAUACGCCAUGAACACCGCCUACGAAGGCCACGGGUACGCGUCAGAAGCAGGGCGCGCAGCCCUAGCCUGGUGGAGGGAUGUCAUCGGCGUGGAGAAGAUUUGGUGCGGCACGCUUCCGGCGAAUGUGCGCUCGCAGCGCUGCGCGGAGCGCAUUGGCUUCGUGCGCGCGGGGGGCGUGGAUAUUGUGCUGGGCAAUCCGCCGGACGAGGCGACGCGGGUGCGCGAUUGCGUGGCGUUUGUGCUGCCGGGGAUGGAGGGGGAGUGGGUGGAGGGUAGGACGAUUUAUCCUUCCGUCAGGUGGUAG